ACACGGCACCCGGAUAGUGCGGAGCGCACAACCCCAACGUGUUACUGUUUACCUCCCAGUGAGUGCGCGAGCGAGCGAGCGGGCGGCUGGGGCUUCUCUUCCCCAACUUUUUAUAUAUAUUUACUUUCUUGACGCGAUGAUAUUUGGUUCCAAAAGUCGGGCGGAAGUGGGCCGCAGCACGAGGCCCAAGGCCCGAGCCGCCACCUGGCAGAUGCCGCCCGUCAGCAUCCUCCUAGACGUUUAACGAAAUACCCGCCUGUGUUACGGUGUAACAGGCGACCGUGUUAACUGGCGACUCUCCGGCGAACUAGUCCGUCGUUGUAGCUGACUUCGUGAAUGCCUGAUUGUUUUAAAUCUUUCAACACGGCGUCGAACCCUCUCACGUGUCUCCGGUCUGGGGCGAAGUUUGCAAAUGUUCCUUCCUUUUGAAAUGCAGUUGGUAAAGAAUAGCAUAACACCUCCCCGAAUAAACACACAUAUUCGACUAAUAAAAAGAUGCAUAUAUAAGAUACACUUGUGUUAAAAUAAUUAAAACAAUCCGGCAUUAACGAGAGACUGCUACAACGACGGACGGGUUCGGCCGAGAGUCUCCAGUUAACACGGUUGCCUUUUACGCCGUAACACCGGCUAGCAGAGAGGCUAACCGAGCCGGAACCCCCAGACGAAGCAGAGACGAUGUUGACGUUGACAUUGAUGUUGUUCCUCGCCGUUGUUCCUCGCGGCGGGACGUCCGGCCCAGACUGCCGCCCGUCCACCGCGGCGCGUUUACAGUCUGCUGUGGUCGACGUGCAGAGAGCCGAGCAGAGCCAGAGGCAACACCUGGAGGCGCUGUUCAACAGAUAUGGAGAAAACGGCACCAUCUCUCUGGACGGGUUGAAGCGUCUCUUUCAGAACGUGGUGUUGUAUCGCAACAGGACCGUCACGGUGCAGCGUCACCACCACCAGGGAAGCCACGCCCACCACGACCACCAUGACCACAACUCGCGUAUCCAGAAACGCGCUGAACCCUCUGAGAAGUCUCCAAAGACCUCUGAAGUCUCCAAAGAUCAGGACGGCAACCACAGCCCGCAGAGCGAGAAGCCCGCGGCCCAGCUGAUGGCGAGCUUAGAUGAAGCGAGACGAGACCGCAACCUGCAGCAGCCCGGUCCUGCCGCCGGGCGGGUCCCUGAGAGCCAGACACAGGCACCUGCAGUCAGCCGGGGCGACCACGUGCACGAUCAUGACCACGUGCACGAUCAUGACCACGAUCACGUGCACGAUCAUGACCACGAUCAUGACCACGAUCAUGACCACGUGCACGAUCAUGGCCACGAUCACGUGCAUGAUCAUGACCACGUGCACGAUCAUGACCACGAUCAUGACCACGUGCACGAUCAUGGCCACGAUCACGUGCAUGAUCAUGACCACGUGCACGAUCAUGACCACGAUCAUGACCACGUGCACGAUCAUGGCCACGAUCACGUGCAUGAUCAUGACCACGUGCAUGAUCAUGACCACGUGCAUGACAACGUGCACGACCACGUGAACCAGGAUUUUUCUCAAAACCGAAGUGUGGACAGUAUAGAGUGCCUGAACGCCUCCAGCAUCCUGUCCUCACACGGGAUGUCUCAGGACGCCGGAGUGACGCUUGCAGACUUCAGCUUCCUGUGCCCCGCCCUCCUCAGCCAGAUGGAUGGCGGAGCCUGCAUCCAGCACAGAGGCCCCGCCCACCACGAGGAGAGGGACCACGCCCACCAUGACCACGCCCACCAUGACCACGGCCACGGGGACCACGCCCACCAUGACCACGGCCACCAUGACCACGGCCACGGGGACCACGCCCACCAUGACCACGGCCACGGGGACCACAACCACUCGGACCACUCGGACCACUCCGGCGGAGAAAGCGCCAGAAACGUGGCGAUAGCGUGGGUCGGCGGCUUCGUCUCCAUCACGAUCAUCAGCCUGAUGUCGCUGCUCGGCGUCGUGCUCAUCCCGCUCAUGAACAAGGUCUUCUUCAAGUUCCUCCUCAGCUUCCUGGUGGCGCUGGCGGUCGGCACGCUGAGCGGCGACGCCUUCCUCCACCUCAUCCCCCACUCUCUGGGAGGCCACCACCACCACCACCACCACGAGGCCUCUGGUACGGACGCGGCGGGGCUUCACCUCCACGAGGAGGAGGACCUGGACGGCGUGUGGAAAGGCCUGACGGCGCUGAGCGGAGUCUACGUCAUGUUUCUGAUCGAGCACUUCCUGACGCUGGGCAAAAUGUACAAGGACAAGAAGCAGAAGAUCCACAAGAAGUGGGAUCAGAACGACAAAGCGGACCCGGAGAAGCAGCCGGCGCUGGAGGAGAGCGACCUGAAGCCGACCGAAGAUGUGGAGACGAACGGUGCCGGCAUGUUCGGCGACCACGGCGGCAGCCUGCACGGCAGGGGCGCGUCGGAGGAGGAGCAGGUGAUGCUGGCGCCGCAGGCGUCCGGCGCGGGGGCCGCCGCCGCCUACACCGCCGAGGACUGCGAGAACAAGUGCCACUCCCACUUCCACGACACGGUGGGCCAGGCCGACAGCAUGCACCACCACCACCACGACUACCACCACAUCCUGCACCACCACCACUCCCAGAACCACCACCCUCACAGCCACACCCACUCCUACUCCGAGGAGCACUUCCAGCAGGCCGGCGUGGCCACGCUCGCCUGGAUGGUCAUCAUGGGAGACGGGCUGCACAACUUCAGCGACGGCCUGGCUAUCGGAGCUGCCUUCACUGAGGGUCUGUCCAGCGGCCUCAGCACAGCUGUGGCUGUUUUCUGUCACGAGCUGCCUCACGAGUUGGGUGACUUUGCGGUGCUCCUGAAGGCCGGCAUGACGGUGCGUCAGGCCAUCCUCUACAACAUGCUGUCGGCCAUGACGGCCUACCUGGGCGUGGUCAUCGGCAUCCUGAUCGGUCACUACGCCGAGAACAUCUGCAUUUGGAUCUUCGCCCUCACGGCCGGACUCUUCAUGUAUGUGGCUCUGGUGGACAUGGUGCCCGAGAUGUUGCACAACGACGCCGGGGACCACGGCUUCAGCCACUGCGGCUACUUCCUGCUGCAGAACACCGGCAUCCUGCUGGGCUUCGGCAUCAUGCUGUUGAUCGCCAUUUUUGAGCACAAAAUCCAGCUGGACCUGGGAUACUGAAGGAGAGGCCCCUCCUCCCACUGAAGGAGAGGCUCCUCCUCCCACUGAAGGAGAGGCCCCUCCUCCCACUGAAGGAGAGGCUCCUCCUCCCACUGAAGGAGAGGCCCCUCCUCCCACUGAAGGAGAGGCCCCUCCUCCCACUGAAGGAGAGGCCCCUCCUCCCACUGAAGGAGAGGCCCCUCCUCCCACUGAAGGAUAGGCUCCUCCUCCUCGGCUGCAUGUCAGAAGUGUAGUGUGUGUGUUUUCAUUUUAUUUUGUUCUAUUUCUUAGUUUUUAUGGCUCCAGACAGUCGUGCCGGCUCGAUAGUUUUGUAUUUUCCCACGACGUGUGAAGAGGCAUCAGUUGAAACAGGAACUCUCCAUGUUGACGUUCGGUCAGCUGACAAAGAACGUUGUGUUUUUUUUUUUUUUCUUGCACUGCGAGUCUCGAGUCUUCGGAAACAUCAAAGUAAGACCCCCCCCCCCCUCCACAUUAACGUUCAGGCCCUUUUGAUUACAGCAGUUCAUAUUUACGAUAAAUCCAGUAGGACCUGAAAGCAGCACGAGAAAGUCGUUUUGUCGCCCGUGAGCUUGUUUCCCAUAUUUGAGUCAGUAUUUUAUUUAUUAUUCAGCGUUAUGUCUGAUUUCGUCAUAAUUAUUUAUUUAUAUGACGUUUAUGUCAUCAGGGAGCCAACGUGUCCAAAAUUAUUCCAAAUUAUCAAAAAUAUAUUCCCAUAUCUUAGUCAAGACCAGAUUUUCUGAGAGAGAACCACAUUAAUGAGAUCCAGUUAAAAAAAAAAGCAUUUUUCCUGAGAGAAUUAAUUAUUCAUAAUAAUAACUAAUAUGAGUGUGUUUGCUGUUGAUGGGUUAACGGUUUCUACCCGGCAACAGACGGAAGCAAAAGUUAUAAAAAAGUGCCUUCUGCAGCGUUAAAAACGGAACGCGUCGUCUGUCCGCUCCAAUUAAUUUAAAUGCAUAAACGAAUGUGUAAUAAUAAACACACUGGUUGCCGUAGCAACCUGCAGGAAGCGUCGAGCCGUCGUUACAUUUUUUUUUUUACGUGUGCGCGUUCGGCCUAAACCAGGAAGUCCAGUCCAGGUCUCGGCCGCGGUUCACCGGCUACGGUCCCGUUUGGCAAAGAAGCCGCUUGACGGAUUCCAGAAGAAGUCCUCGAACGCACCGAUCUGACGGAGAUUAUUUUCCCGAGAUCGUUGUUUGAUGUUUGUGAAACGAGGAGAACGAGGAGCCUCAAACGAGCUCAUCAUUUGGAACUCGAGGCCAUUUAACAUUCACAUUCAUCUUCAGACUUUUUCUAAGUUAAAAAAACAAAACGCAUCGGAGAGCUUUUCCCAGCGCGGUCGCUGCUGACCUUUGACCUUUGACCUCUCGGGGAUGUUCGCACAAGUCCAGAGAAGAUGCUGCGAAAUUAGGAUGAAAAAUGGUGGCGACAAAAAGGGGAACACGGCUUGGUGUGUUUUUAUUUUUGUAUGAAUAUAUUUUUAUUAACUAUUGUUACGGUCGGGAGUCCGAGUGGCGGCUCGCUCGCCGUCAGUGUUACGAUGUCAUCGACGGUCCAAACGCCGGAUGGUCACGAAGUCGUUUUAAACGAGUUCCCACGAUGUUUUUGUUCAGGUCAAAAUCAAUAAACAAGAAGUUCCCCUUCAAAAAGAUAAGUUAAGUGGAUGUGUGUAUUAAUGUGCAAUAUGCUGUCUGUAUAUUAAUGUACAAUAUGCUGUAUAUUAAUGUACAAUAUGCUGUAUAUUAAUGUACAAUAUGCUGUAUAUUAAUGUACAAUAUGCUGUCUGUGUAUUAAUGUACAAUAUGCUGUAUAUUAAUGUACAAUAUGCUGUAUAUUAAUGUACAAUAUGCUGUAUAUUAAUGUACAAUAUGCUGUCUGUGUAUUAAUGUACAAUAUGCUGUAUAUUAAUGUACAAUAUGCUGUAUAUUAAUGUACAAUAUGCUGUCUGUAUAUUAAUGUACAAUAUGCUGUAUAUUAAUGUACAAUAUGCUGUAUAUUAAUGUACAAUAUGCUGUCUGUAUAUUAAUGUACAAUAUGCUGUCUGUAUAUUAAUGUACAAUAUGCUGUAUAUUAAUGUACAAUAUGCUGUAUAUUAAUGUACAAUAUGCUGUAUAUUAAUGUACAAUAUGCUGUCUGUGUAUUAAUGUACAAUAUGCUGUAUAUUAAUGUACAAUAUGCUGUAUAUUAAUGUACAAUAUGCUGUCUGUAUAUUAAUGUACAAUAUGCUGUGUAUUAAUGUACAAUAUGCUGUAUAUUAAUGUACAAUAUGCUGUCUGUAUAUUAAUGUACAAUAUGCUGUAUAUUAAUGUACUCGACUGCAGGAUGUGUUACAUUUUGUUCUUUUAUGUUUUUGUCUCAAACAAUGAAGACGUCCCACAAUGCACCGCUGCAAUGUAAACAAUUCAUGGCCUUUUUUUAAAAAACUUUUUUGAUUUUUCAAGAGACGAUUUUUAAGUCUUUAAAGAUCUGUUAAACGCAGAUUUUACUUUAAUUUCUUACGAUGUUUGCUGGUUUUAUUUUUGUCGUAUUCACCGUGAGAACGUCCCCCCAAAAAAACAACUCUUUAUUUUCUGAGAUGGCACUUUUGCUUUUACGGCCAAAAAAGUAACAUGUUAAAAAAUAAUAAUUGUGUUUAAAACGAGAACAAAGUGUUUUUUUUAUUUAUUUAUUUCUGCUUAGAAGCUGAAAUCAUCACUUUGUUUAUGUAGAAACUUUUAUUUUCUGUCUAACAAGCAUGCAGGAUUUUCUAGAUGCUAAAUGUAAAGAAAAAUAUGCAAAAUGUGAACAAAAGUUAAAGAACCAUUAAAAUUCAACGACUUGACGUUGAAUUGUUCUGCAAAGAAAACGACCAUCGAGUCCAAAUUCUGCCAAAUAAUGAAUUAUGCUGGUGUUUCUGUUAUUUUGUCCACCUCUGUAUUGAUCCAUAACCUCGCUCCAACAUUCCUCCACUCAAAUAAACUUGGUCACCUUC